GCACGAAUGCUUCCAGACGGAAGUGCCUUAUCAGCACGUGACCAGGUUGAUAGUGACCAAACGCGUCGCGUCCGCCCGCAUAACUGGCGUAGCCAUAGCAAGCUGCCAUUACCCACCCAGCCUUGAAACGUUUCCCACCCUCUACACCAUUUCUGCGGUUUGCAUCUCCGUCGGCAUGACUUUAUCGUUACUCAUAUAGACAAUCCUAUUUAAUUGAUAUCUCAGGAUUUGAACCCUUUCAACUCGGAAGCAAUGUCUAGCCCUUCUACUCCGCGUCGACGCUCCGAGUCUCCAGACCAUGAAGCUGCAGACUCGCCAGCCACGAUGCUUACUCCCGGCCAGAAAAUCAAGGCCAUGCUCGCCGAGUUUGACAGUGACUCUGAAUCAGAAAAUGUCCUCUCCACCGUCAAUGAGCCGCUCCAGCCAGUGCAUUCGAAACUGAGCUCUCACACUCUAACGACAAAUUAUAAUGACGAUGACGAGGAUGAUGAUGAAGACGCGGUAGUCUUCGCUCCUAGAGGUCGAAUGGCUUCCCGGAUGCAGGGUUUAGAAAACGAACAGGCGAAACCAACUGCCUCCAAGCAAGCGGAGACCGCGUAUGAGAGAGUAGCGAGGACAUUACGUGCCACGUCAGAGGACUCCGUCUCUGAGAAUGCCAAUAAGUCGACAGAAGAACAGCCCUCGGGAGACGAUCUCCCAUCAACCUCAUUCAAGAAGCGGCUGUUUAACAAGAAGACUAGCGAAUUACAUGCAACAACAACCAAGCAAGACUCGGCUAGACCCCGACGCGACCGAUCUGAAACUCCUCUCUUUGUCGGUGAUGAAAGCGAGCCAGAAUUAGGAAAUGCAGAAGAACCUGAAGCCAAGAAAAUUGAGGAAUCUAAGAAUGCACGGUUCCUUGCCCUCAUCCAGCAGAAAAGGAAAGAACGUGAGGAGCGGGAACGGAUUGAAGCCGAGAAAAAGGCUGCUAGAGCUGAAAAGGCGAAGCAGUUCAGUUCCGACGUUCUAUCUAGAGAGAAUAGCGACGAUGAUCCGGAAUCUGCACGAAAAUUGACCCAGCAAGCUCGACCGACCCGAAAGGCAAGCAAGAAGGCACUUGAAGAAAUGAAUAGAGAAACCCAACGCAUGAGUCGAAACAUGCAAUUGACACACCAGGCUCGCACUAAACGGAAACUUACUAAGGAAAGCUUUCUUGCUCGCUUCAAUGGUGACCAGCAAAAAGGCGCGUCGUUGGAAAAUAUUACAGACCGUGGUUUACCAACAAUAUCUUCAAGCUCCGCCCCAUCGUCGUCGGAUGGUGAAGCAAAUCGAGAAAAAGCGACACCACCCACUUCUCCCAUACGGACUGAAGAUAACGACAAGACCACAGCAACCACCCAUGACGUCGGUAAUAUAGACACUGAAUUCUCAACCAUCGAAGAGUCGAGGAGUCAGGUUAAUCCGGACAAUCUUCAAGAUACUGUCACUGUGCAGCAAAUCGAAUUACUCGAAUCUGUAGCCCCAUCAGAACUCGUCGUUGAAAAGACAGAAGCUGCUCGUAAAGAGCUUAACAAACCGCCAGUUCGAGUUCGUGUAUCCCGUCAGGAGAUUGCUCAGCACCAGCAGGAGGCAUCAGACGACGAAUUGGAAGUCAUCACUUCCCCAGGUCGAUGCCGCAAGCUGGCAGCCUUUGAAAAUCUCCCGUCUAGAAAUGCCCAGGAGAGCAAGUCGAUGCUGACACUUAAGCUCCUUGCCCACCUCACAUCACCUACUCGCACCAAAUCUAUGAGUCCUGCAGAGCUCGGUGCAUCACUGCGCUUGCAAGCCCGGCAGCAAGCACUGCAAGAAAGAAGAGAGAGAAUUGAGGAGCUAAGGGCUAGGGGUAUAUUUAUUGAAACUGCGGAAGAACGGGAAGCAAUGGAAGCAGAUGUCGAGGAUCUGGUGGAAAAGGCAAGACAGGAAGGAGAAGAAAUAGCUCGCCGUGAAAAAGCUGCUCGGGGAAAGAACUCCAAUGGUGAUGAGAAUGAUGAGGAAGAUGAUGACUACAUACUUUCAGACUCCGAGGAUGAAGAAGACGAGGAAGAAGAAGAAGAAGAAGUAAAUAAUGAUUCGGAUGACGAAGAGGGGGAUGAAGAUGAGGAACAGGUCGAACAGGUCAAUGAAACAAACGGCUUGGUUGAGAAUGAAGCUGAUGAGGCUUCUGAAUCUGACGAUGAACAGUCUAAAGUCGCAUCUUUGGUUGACAAGGACGAGGCUGCGACACAGAGAAAGCGUGGAAGAAACCGAAUGAGAAUUGUUAGUGAUGAUGAAGAUGAGGAUGAAGAUAUUCAACAACCUCAAGAAAUCAAAACCCCCGCGAAAUCCAUCGCCCCAUCUGUUGGAUCUGCACAGCGACCAUACUUUCCUGAUAUUCCCGGGACUUCUUCCUUUGACAUGAGCCUAACUCAAGCGUUUGCCGGAACGCUAGCUGAAGACCAAUCCGACGCUGGAGAGGACUCAUUGGAUGCCAUUCGCAGUCUUCCAGAUCCUCGGUUGUCUGCUACCCAGAAUUUUACCCUCGCCCUCGACUCACAGGUGAUGGUCAAGGAUAGCCAAGAGCUGCAUCAUGAGGUCAUUGACUUGUUUGCUGGAUAUACACAGUCUGAUAUGCGUAUUUCAGAAUCCCCAGCUCCGUCACAGUUUCCGGAGCCGACGCAGGACGCAGGGUUCGUGCUUUCUCCCUUUGACCCUUCGAAACGAUUCAUGGAACCACCCGUCUCAACCAUUGACACUGUUAUAAUUCCACAAAAUGAAUCCCCGGUUAUGCGGAAACGUCGUCUUCAACGCGGUCGGCCUGUUGAGUUGUCAGACGAUGAAAACGAUAGCUUUGAGAUCAAAGCCAGCGCGUUCGAUGUCAUGAAGAAAGCUGCAAAGUCAAAGUCAACUGUUCCGUUUGACAAGAUUAACAGCAAGGCUAAGGAGCACGUUGAUGAUGCUGCCGAAGAAUCUGAGGAUGAGUAUGCGGGCUUGGGAGGUGCAAGUGACGACGAAGAUGGAGCAGAAAAUGACUAUGACCGAGAAAUGAUCAACGACCAAAGCGGAGAAGUAGUUGACGAGAAAGAAUUGGCUGCUCUCAAUGCAAAUCACCAGCGUGCUAUGGAUGAGAAGCAAGUAUCAAAACUGUUGAAAGAUAUUACUACUGGAGCUCUCCGCCGUCGACGUGGCGGUGAUGACGAUCUGGACCUAGAUGACUCGGAUGAUGAGCGAAUGGCUAGACGACGGGCUAAGCAACGCGAGUUUGCCAAAAUGCGACAAGCCCUGCUGGCUGACGAGAAGGUCAACGAAAUUGCUAACAAUCCCAAAAAACAAGCCUUCUUUAAGGCUCUUGAAGAUCACGAUGAUGGCGAUGACAUGGAGAUCGAGUUUGAUAAUGGGGUCAAUUCCCAGGGAGAGUCCUCGCAAGACGUCCAGCCCGAGACCGAGAGUGCGAAGGCUGAAACAAGUAAUCAGUCUAAGAAACGCAAACGACCACUUCAGCCUUCUGCUGAAGAGACAACUAAUCGCCCUCCACCCAAUCUACGAAGAACGGCUGCGUCUGUAUCCCGUAAACCGUCCUCGCUUGCUGAAAUCAGAGAGACCUUGUCCUUCUUGACAGAAACGCCAGAGUAUGAUUCUUUUAAGGAAGAUGCCUCUGUUGAGGAAGAAAUUGUUUACAACACCGACAAAGAAACUUCCGAAGAUGAGAAUAUGGUCUCUGAAAGAAGAAAAUCUGUGGAUGGGUUUGCCAUUCCACCCAAUCCUCGUCGCACACGUGGCCGAGUAGUCGAUCGUAUCGCUCUUCUCCGCGCGGCGUCGUCGAACUCUGCGUCUACCAUUACGAAGAGCGCGUUUAUGACUAACUCCUCGGCUGAUGGGCUGCCUAAAGUCGGUUUCCGGCCGCCACCUUUGCUUCGACGCUCUACAACAGCUUCAUCCUCCGCAUCUGCUAGCUCCUCUUCGAGUGCUUCUUCCAGCCGAAAGACCAGUACUGCCAACUCAGCGGCAUCUGGGACAAAGAAAGGAGCUGUCAAUUACUAUGCUGCUGCACGAGAACGGGAAAGAGAGCGUGAAUUGAGGGUGAAGGAGCGGGGUGGUGCAUCCAACACAGCGGCAUUGCUGAAGAAAAGGGCGUUGGCUGGUGGUCUGGGGUCGCUAACCCGCAACCAAUGGGGGUGAUUAUUGCCCAAGCAUGCAACUGUUUUUCUUACUCUUUGUCUCACAAACCCAUGUUGAUUUCGCAUAUUGAUGGGUCAUAUAUAGUUAGCUUUUUACAUGCAGUUGCAUCAAAUGGCGUUCUUGUUAUUCGUUGCUCAUUAACUCAUUAGGGAACAUUAUCAGCCUUAGGUACAGAAUUAAAGAAGACAAGACCUUUAUUGAGA